AUGGCUCCAUCACAGACCAAGAGGAGGACCAUGGUAAACUCCACACACGUCACACAUUUCACUCUCACCGCUUACUUUGACUCUGGUCUGUUGAAAUAUCUGUAUUCUGUGAUUCUUGCCACUUUAUACGUUUCGAUAAUCGCUGCUAAUGUUCUGCUGAUCGUGGUCAUCUGUGUGAACAGGAGCUUACAUGAACCCAUGUACAUAUUUCUGUGCAGUCUGUCUGUCAUUCAGCUGUACGGGAGCACAGGGCUGUUCCCCUUCCUCGUAGUUCAGAUCUUAUCAGAAAACCACGAUGUCCCCACUUCAGUUUGUUUCCUGCAGAUUUUCUGUUUACACUCUUACGGACUCGUGGAAGUUUUCAUCUUGUCUGCCAUGUCAUAUGACCGAUACGUCGCCAUCUGUCAUCCUCUGCAGUAUCACACACGUAUGACCAGAUACAGAACUACCACGUUAAUCGCUGUGUUGUGGUUUUAUGGUUUUUUUGCUUGUUCUGUCAUGGUGUCUUUGAGUUCGUCUUUACAGCUGUGUGGAAACAUUAUUAACAAAGUCUACUGUGAUAAUUACCCUGUUGUGAAGUUGGCCUGUUCUGACACUACAGCACUUAACAUUUACGGACUGAUUAUCAGUUUUAUCAAUGUUUUCUCUCCUCUGGCGUUUAUCGUCUACACCUACAUGAGGAUCCUUAAAGUGUGUUUUUCUGGAUCUAAACAGACCAGACUUAAAGCUGUCAGUACCUGUACGCCUCACAUCGCUUCACUGUUAAAUUUUAUUCUCGGGGCCAGUUUUGAGAUCGUACAGAGCAGGUUUAAUAUGAACCAUGUUCCCAAUGUACUGAGAAUAUUCUUAUCACUGUAUUUUAUCACAUGUCAACCACUGUUUAACCCUUUAAUGUACGGGCUGAACAUCUUACAGAUCAGGAUGCUCUGUAAACGGCUGCUUUGUGGCAAAAUGUAG